AUGCUGAAGAUGUGGAACAUAUCAGGAGCCUAUGAGUUCAUUGAUUUGGAGAAUGAUUUCUUCAUCUUCAAAUUUACGGAUGAAAAAGACUAUGCACAUGUGCUUGAAGAUGCACCCUGGAUCAUUGCAGAUCACUACGUUACAGUCCAAAGAUGGAAGCCAAUAUUCGAUCCAUUUGAUGAAACGAUGAAAAAUCUUGCUAUUUGGAUCAGAAUUCUGGGUCUCCCAGUUGAGUACUACACCACACAUUUAUUGUGGAGUAUUGGGAACAUGUUUGGCAGAACUCUGAAGAUUGACAAGAAUUCGUUAAGCAAGACAGGGUCUAGAGUGGAAGAGACUACAAAGCAUGCGAAAUUUGCCCGUAUUUGUGUGGAGGUUAAUCUUUCCAAGAAGUUUUUAUCGAAGUUCAAAAUAGGUAAUAGAUACUUCAACGUUGCUUAUGAAGGCUUGCACCUCAUCUGCUUUGGUUGUGGCAGAUAUGGGCAUAGGAAAGAUCUGUGUCCGGAGUUGCAGGGUAAAGAGACAUGGGAAGGAAGCAAGAUAAUCAAAGCAGAUAACCAAAGAGGCAACAGAAUGUAA